AUGUCCACCGCUGUUAUCGACGACGUGGACGCCAUGGAGCCCACGCUUCAACCCCUCCUCGACCAGCGCACUCUACGAUGGGUUUUCGUCGGCGGAAAGGGCGGCGUUGGCAAGACGACCACAUCGUGCUCUCUCGCCAUCCAGCUCGCCAAGGCCCGCAAGUCGGUCCUCCUCAUCUCCACCGACCCGGCGCACAACUUGUCCGACGCCUUCAACCAGAAGUUCGGCAAGGAGGCCCGCCUCGUCGAGGGCUUCGACAACCUCUCCGCCAUGGAAAUCGACCCCAACGGCAGCAUGCAGGACCUCCUCGCCGGCCAGGGCGCUGACGACCUCGACGCUAUGGGUGGCGGCUUGGGGGGCAUGAUGCAGGAUCUGGCGUUUGCCAUCCCCGGCAUUGACGAGGCCAUGUCCUUCGCCGAAAUCCUCAAACAAGUCAAGUCCAUGUCCUACGAGACCAUCAUCUUCGACACCGCCCCGACCGGCCACACCCUCCGCUUCCUCCAAUUCCCUUCCGUCCUCGAGAAGGCCCUGGCCAAAAUCUCCCAGCUCUCCUCCCAAUACGGGCCCCUCCUGAAUGGCUUCCUCGGCCAGGGAGGACAGCUCCCCAACGGCCAGAACCUCAACGACAUGAUGGCCAAACUCGAUUCCCUCCGGGAGACCAUCUCCGAGGUGAACGCCCAGUUCAAGGACGAGACCCUCACCACCUUCGUCUGCGUCUGCAUUCCCGAGUUCCUCAGCCUGUACGAGACGGAGCGCAUGAUCCAGGAGCUGGCCAGCUACGGCAUCGACACCCACUCCAUCGUCGUCAACCAGCUCCUCUUCCCCAAGAAGGGCUCCGAAUGCGAGCAAUGUAACGCUCGUCGCAAGAUGCAGAAGAAGUAUCUCGAGCAGAUCGAGGAGCUCUACGACGAGUUCAAUGUCGUCAAGAUGCCCUUGCUUGUCGAGGAGGUCCGGGGGAAGGAGAAGCUUGAGAAAUUCAGCGAGAUGCUUGUCAAGCCCUACGUUCCUCCCGAGAUGGAUUAA